AAUGGUUUGGCAGCAGCAGCUGUGAGAUGAAGGCUCUAGUUUCAUCACUCAUGCACCGCUGGUUGUCCGGUGUGUGGUCCUCAGGUUACAGUAUGUUCGGCGUGGGCGUGGGGCUCAUGGUGUUCGGAUACUGGAGGCUCUUCCGCUGGAACCGCGAGCGCAGACGGCUGCACAUCGAGGAGCUGGAGGCGCGCAUCUCUUUACUGCCGCUGCUGCAGGCCGAGCACGACCGCCGGACGCUGCGGAUGUUGCGGGAGAAUCUGGAGGAGGAGGCUGUGAUCAUGAAGGACGUUCCCGGCUGGAAGCUCGGUGAGAAGGUGUUUCACACGGACCGAUGGGUGUCUCCGCUCACAGAGGAGCUGUUUAACCUGCGGCCGCGUGAGGAGAUGCUGCGCAAGAAGUUCGGCUUCCUGCGGUACGUGUGACUCCAGCUAUCCCAGCAUCCCCUUCUGCGGCGUUUCCAGCGUUAGCCAUGUGUUGCUCUGUUCACACUGUAAAUGUU